AUGCGUCCCUCCGCCCUCCUCGCACCCCUCGCCUCCAUCCUCCUCACUGGCCCGAUCACCGCCGUCACAGCUCAAGACCUCGGCUCCCUCAUCUCAGAUGCUGCCUCCGCCGUGUCCAGCAUCGCGACCGUGAUCGGCAGCCAAACCACCAACGAACCGCUCAUCACGUCGGUAGCCUCGGAGAUUGUCUCGGCCGUGAGUUCGUUGACCACCGACCCCAGCCUGGCCAGCCAGUAUAGUAGUUUGGUGGACGGACUUUCCAGCCAAUGGGCAAGCGAGACCUCGAGUGGUGCUUCUGCUGUUGCUACGGAGAGUGCGGGCGCGGGUGCAAGCGCCAGUGACAGUGCGAGUGCCAGUGGGACAGAUGGCGGGAAUGCAGGAGGGAGGAUCGUCGUGCCGGGCUGGGCUGCCGCAGUGGUAGGGGCAGGGGUUGGGAUCGGAGUCGGUGCUGGUAUUUUGUUCUAA